AUGCCCACUACGCCUAACGAGCCACCGAGCUAUCACGACGCCGUCUAUUGCAUCAACCGCAUGGAGGCGACGCGCAAGUUUACACGCAAGGACCGUCGCCAAUGGCAUCGCCGUCUGUUCUCGCACUGGAAAGAAAGCCCAGAAAAAUACUUCAAUCACUCCAUCGGCGCGUAUGGAAUACCGUUUCUGCUGCUGCUAUGGAUCACGAUCCGCGGAUUUCACAGCAUCAAAAAUAACAAGCCUUUCUGGGAUGUGAAUGUUUACGGCAAGACGGACGAGGAGCGGGAAGCGCGGGAUCCGUGGCUGCGCUUGAAGCGCUUCUCCGACCUGCAUCCCGAGCAUGAGGGUCUCGACAUGACUGUGACGAUGAUGUCGCCGGGGCAGUCGCGGCUGUCGGGCUCGCGGGCGGAGCUGCGUGAAUCCGACUUUACCGACCCACACUUUCACAGUGAGCUGUGGUGGAAGAUUCGACACCUGCGGUACUAUGGACACUGGCCAAAGGGUCUGGCGAAGUAA